UACCCGUACCAGCAUUAUUACUCGAAUGCAAAACCGAGUGUUCCGGUUGGUGAUGAAAACGAAAGGAGGUCCGUGGCUGCGACGAAAUACCCACAAAACGUUUACCCACCGCGUGUGACCUAUGGAGCUGGGGAAGCCUCGCCGGAGUCGAGUUUGGAGGACCUCCGUAAGCCCGCUGGGCACCAAAAAUACGUCGGAGAACGUUACGUAAACUCAGAAAAUGUGAAAAAUGAGCGGUUAAUGGAAGGCGGUAAGCCGGCAAGGCGAACAAACUCGGACAAAGUCGACGGCGACGAUUACAGAAGCGAAUCGAGGAGCGCGCCCGCUUCCCCGUCGCUGUCGCAAGUGCCGCAGUUCAAUCCUCAAAACACUUUGAUCGCGCCCGUGAAACCUCCGAGCCGGGCCCAUAGGACCGUCCCCCGAAUUAUUAAUGGAUACGUCGCUAACGAUUACAAGCUCUCUUCGCCAAUUUCCUCCAUUGAAAACCGAGAGGUCGGUGGCUCGGAUCGUCGGAACAGCGGGAAAGUUCCCGCUUAUGAUUUCUACGACGCUUACAAGUCGAUCAACUCUUCACCAGUCGCUCCACGGCCCACGCUCGUUCCCGAAAACUCUGAUCAUUACGGAAGCCGCGUGAUACCCUUGAAGGACUCGGAGCGACAAAACCCCUCACCAGCAGCAUCCCCGCAAACCCAUCAAAUCAGAUCGAUAGACUCGUCGAUCGAUCGCACGCGACUGCCGAGAAUUCCCGUCAGAAAUCACGCCGAACCUGCCGAGUCUGUCCAGCAAGCGAGCAGCCUCGUCGAUGCUCGAGACUACGAGGACGAGGUACCCGCGAGCUCCGGACACGAAGAAAAUCACGAAACUCAUGCCGACUCAAAAAAGGACGAGGGGACUGAGGAGGAAAGUGAGAAAGGAGGGGGAGAAAAGCACGAGGAAGCUCAUCAUAAUUCCAGCGGCGAGAAAGCCGAAAAGGAGUACAAGGAGUGGCACGAGUACGAUAAAGCCAAAAAAGGCCAUCACGACAAAGAGCACCACGACAAUGAGUAUCACGAAGAAAAAGGUGGGAAAAAGAAGCACGAGGAGGAAAGUGGCUACCACAAGGAGCAUCAUCGUGGGGAGAAGGGCAGCAAAGAGUCGGAAUUCGCGGAAAAGGGAAAGCACGAGAAGGGUCACAGUACUAAAGGCGAGCACGUAGUCCACAAAAAGGACGAGUACGAGAAGAAGACGGAAUUUUACGACGAGUCGCACGAGGAGGACGGCGACGAGAAAGAGGGCGAGUAUCAUCACGAGCACGAGGAGAAGAAGGGCGGCCACGAGAAAAUCGGGCACCACGAUUCGGCCCAUCGCAUUGACAAGUACGGAGAGAAGGGCGAACACGAGAAAGGCCAUCAUUGGCACGAGACGAAGGGACACGAGAAGAAAGAUGGACGCGAAGAGGAGCACAGCCACGAGGAAAAAUACGGGAAAAAGGGCGGCCACGAAGAGGGCGAAAAGUGGUCACACAAUAAUGGCGACAAAGGGCAGCGAUAAUGACUCCCUCGAAAAAAAAGGGAGUCUUGAUCAUUGUCGAAGUUACAUAGCCAUAGAAAGCGACGCUUAUUCUGUGAAAAAAGUAUAAAUAUCGAGGAAGAAAGCGCGCGAAAAGGAGGGACUCGAAAGGAACAGAAGAGACUCGGAGUGGGACGGGGAAAGAGCACCCGAAUCGAAGGGACGAUUCGGUAAACUGGAUAUCGAACGGCCCGUAAGGUUGAAGUAUAGUCUCAAUUCGCACGUACAAGAAAAAAACAUUUGGCGCGGACGAAAAUAAU